ACGUACAAUGAGUGCGACUCGGACUAUCAACAUGCGGGAUGGAUGUGUUUGAUGCAGACAGCGUGUGAAUAGAAAAUAAAGUAUUUUUCUCACCACAGCUGACGAAAAAUUAAAUUAAAUUUUUCUCGUUGUUUUUCUCAUGAAAGAUGGCAACCGCAAAUCUUCAGUUCAAAACAAAUUAUGCUGUCUCCAGUAAAAUUGAACCGUUUUACAAAGGAGGAAAAGUGCAGAUCAGCAAUGAUGAGAAUUACAUUUUCUGCACGUGUGGUUCUCGUGUCAACAUUCUGGAGAUCAGCACAGGAAAGAUUGUUCACUCUAUCGAGCAUGACGAUCAAGAGGACAUCACAUGUUUUGCUCUCAGCAAUGAUGAUGAGCUGCUGGUAACAGCCAGCAGAGCUCUGCUGCUGAAGCAGUGGGACUGGAAACAAGCUCAGUGUGUCCGGUCAUGGAAGGCCAUUCACACUGUGCCUGUAGCCAGUAUGACCUUUGACUCCACCACCACGCUUUUGGCCACAGGUGGCUGUGAUGGGACCAUAAAGAUUUGGGAUGUAGUGAAGCAGUACUGCACACAUAACCUGAAAGGAUCUUCUGGUGUUGUGCACCUCGUCCAGUUUCACCCAGACAUCAACCGACUGCAGCUGUUCUCCUCCUCUUUGGACUGUGGCAUUCGGCUGUGGGAUCUGCGCACCAGUCAGUGUGUGUGUGUGCUGCAGAGUCACUUCAGUGCAGUCACUUCUCUCUGCUUCAGCCCCGAUGGUGGCACCAUGGUCAGCUCAGGCAGAGAUAAAAUCUGCACGGUGUGGGAUCUGGAGACUCAGACCGUCAAGAGGACGAUACCAGUGUAUGAGGCUGUAGAGGGCGUCGUGCUGCUUCCCAAUGACCAAGACUACUCUCAAAUUGGAGUAAAAAGCAAAGACCUGCAUUUUAUCACAGCCGGCAGCAAAGGUGUGUUGAGGGUGUGGGAGGCCACCACUGCACGCUGUGUCUACAUCCAAUCACUUCUGUCCUCCCCCACCUCUGUAUCUGAGGAGGAGGAAGAAAGAGACGCCGACCCACGCAGUCUAACGUUCCUUCUUCAGUUACCAAAGUCCUGCAGACUGGCCACGGUCACCGCUGAACACAACAUACUGCUCUAUCAGCUGCCUGCACUCACCACACUGCAGCAGUUUGUGGGCUACAGCGAUGAAGUGCUCGAUGUCAAGUUCGUGGGUAAAGGCGACAGUCACAUCGUGGUGGCCACUAACAGCUGCCAACUUAAAGUGUUUGAGCUGCUCACCAACACCUGCCAGAUCCUGUACGGACACUCAGACACCGUUCUCUCACUGGACGUGUUCAAAAAAGGCUGCAUGUUUGCCAGCUGUGCAAAGGACAGGUCGGUGCGUGUGUGGCAGAUGGACAGUGACAGUGGUCAGGUGCGAUGUGUGGCCCAUGGUUCCAGCCACACUAAUGCUGUGGGCUCCAUCACCUGCUCCAGGCUGAAGGCGUCGUUUGUAGUGUCUGGCAGUCAGGACUGCACAGUGAAAGUGUGGGACCUGCCAGCAGACUUGACAGGACCAGACACUGAUGUUCAUCAGCUGACUGCUCGCUGCACAGAGAAGGCUCAUGAUAAGGACAUCAACAGCGUCGCUGUGUCGCCCAAUGACAAACUUCUGGCUUCGGGCUCCCAGGACCGCACCGCCAAGCUGUGGUCACUGACCAGAGAAGGAAACCUGGGUUUGCUGGGCGUAUUCCGUGGCCACCGCCGUGGAGUGUGGGCCGUCUGUUUCUCUCCCGUUGACCAAGUGCUGGCCACGUCCUCCGCAGACGGCACCACCAAGCUGUGGAGCCUGCAGGACUUCAGCUGCCUUAAGACAUUCGAAGGACACGAUGCAUCAGUUUUGAAAGUCAUUUUUGUGAGUCGAGGCACUCAGCUGCUCACCAGUGGCUCAGACGGUCUGGUGAAGCUCUGGACCAUUAAGACCAAUGAAUGUGUGAAGACGCUGGACGCCCAUCAGGACAAAGUGUGGGGUCUCCACGGCAGCGGCAAAGACGACAAGAUGGUGACGGGCUCAGCGGACUCCAACAUCACUGUGUGGGUGGAUGUCACUGAAGUGGAAAUAGAAGAAGAGCAGGCCAAACAGGAAGAUCAGAUCCUGAAGCAGCAGCAGUUAUCCAACCUGCUCCAUGAGAAGAAGUAUCUGAAGGCCCUGGGUCUGGCCAUCUCACUGGACCAACCUCACACUGUGCUCACUGUCAUCAAAGCCAUACGUCAAGGCGAGGACAGACAUGAACUGCUGGAGAAGACACUACUUAAACUUCGAGUGGACCAAAAAGAGUCUCUCAUACGUUUCUGCGCGGUGUGGAACACCAACGCCAGAAACUGUCUGGAUGCCCAGGCCGUCCUCCAUGUCCUCCUCACCCACCUGCCACCCGAGGAGCUGCUGCAGUACCAGGGAGCACGAACACACCUGGAGGGCCUCAUUCCAUAUACAGAGAGGCACAUGCAGAGGAUUGGACAUUUGCUGCAGGCGUCCAUGUUCCUGAACUACAUGUGGCAGAAGAUGAGAGUGGCCGGAGCACCAGCCAGUUUGGGACAGGAUGAAGACAUGGACACCACUCCUCUUGGACAAAACCAACCUUUCUUUGUCAUCGACAAGGAAGGACAAGGUAAAGACGGUGGAGAUGCUGGGAAUGACAGCGGGCAGGACGAAGAUCCAAACUGCCUUGAAGAUGAUGACGAUGACAUCAUUGAAGAUGAGGAUGACAAGGAUGGCGAGGUCAGCGCCACAAACAAAGCCUCCACAAACCAGGAAAGGAUAGAAAAUGGGAACGGAGUUUCAGCCAAUGGCAACCACAACUCAGAGAGUGAGGAGGACGAGGACACUUUUCCUCAGUCUGAAGUCGAUGACAUCACAGUGAGGAAAAGUGUGAAAAGUCUCCCACUUUCUGCUGCUCCUGAGUGUCAGACUGUGAGCAGCUGACCAAGAUCAACAAGCUGAAGACUUAGUGAACUCAUUACUGAAUCUGAAAACUAGAGAUUUCCAUGUUUUCUGAUUAAGACCUGGAGCGAUGGACAUGAAGAAAGAAAGGACGAGGAAGGACUGAGAAAAGAAAAAACAAAGAGCUAGGACUCGCUCCUUUUAUCUCAAUAAAUCUGUAUUGUGAUAAAAAAAAAUUCUUAUAAUAAAAAAUAAGUUUGUUUUAAA